CUAGUGACUGGUGCAGUUCUUUUUCUUUCUCGCCUGUGCCAACACCAACAAUCAGUUACGUCAUUGACGACAGAUAAAAGUGAAUUUGUUAUACUAGUUAUAGUCGCCAGCAAAUGAAUAUUCUUGAAUUGGAGUCGCUGGGCAGACAAUCGACGCAAUCGUUGCUAAGUAUUGUCUUACAAACUCUGAGUCAUUAUAAAGUUAGAUUAAUAACCCAGCCAACACAGUAAAAUGUCAUUGUCACAAUUCUUCUCUUUCAAACGCACCAAUGUUUUAAUCAAAACUGUUGUGGGAAUUAUUAUUAUUAUAUCGGGUGUCGUAUUGGUGAUUGUUAUUCGGUCGCCAUGGUUGUCCAGCCUAAAAUCAAACGACGAAUUAACAAGCACAACAUGGGAGCAAAUGUUUCAAUCGGCCACAAAUGCCGUCCUAUUAGGUAACAUUAAUUUUAAACAGCCAAAUUGCCUUAUUCCGUCGACUGACUGGGACGCCCUGCUGGACUCUGACACUCUAACCGGCCCUCAACUCGUCGAAUACUUUAUGUGGACCAAUCAUUCCUCGUGCAAAUUAUCCCACGAUUUCGGCGGGGUCAUGAUGGACAAUCCGUCGGGAUUGGCCGGCCAAAAGGCCGUCUGCAUCGACCCGGAAGUGGCUCCUAAACCCGGCGAUUGUCUCGUCUAUUCCUUCGGCAUCAAUGACGACUGGUCGUUUGAUGAGAAAAUGGCCCGUUACGGCUGCCAGGUGUACGCAUUCGAUCCUUCCAUGGACAUGGGCCAUCACGACCACAGCCCUGGCAAUGUUCACUUUUACAACUGGGGACUGGGCAGCCGGAAUGAAUACGACCAUCAUUUCAACUGGACCAUUCAUUCACUUUCGUCCAUUUACAAGAAAUUGUCGGUCCGUCACGGCCGCAGGAUCAUCGACUAUUUAAAAAUCGACGUUGAAUAUUCCGAAUGGAUUGCCCUGCCGGACAUUAUUGCAUCCGGGAUGUUGGCCAACGUCCGCCAGCUGAGCAUGGAAGUCCAUUUGGACAAGCUGCUUUCAUUGGAACAGCAUGUCGCCUGGGCUAAACUGUUGAGGUCCAUCGAGAAAUUGGGGAUGAUCCGCUUCGACUCCGAGUACAAUCCCUGGUACAGGGGCAAUUUCACGCAAUUUCCAUUGUCGGCACCUUUGGGUUACGAGAUCGCCUGGUAUAAUGGCAACCUUACGCGUGUUUUAUUGUCAAGUGUUGUUUCUUGAUUGCUGUUUUUAUAUUGUCAGUUUUAUAUAAUAAAAAUCCAUUGAGAAUUGUUA